ACAUUGUUGUUGUAUUAAAAAAAAAAUACAACAAAAUGGCGGCCAACACCGAUGAGGAGCAGAGCUUAAAGGAAUGUGAAGCGUAUGUUCAAAAGCAUAAUAUUCAGCAAUUGCUAAAAGAAUGCAUUGUACAACUAGUGGUCAACAAGCCGGACAAUCCGUUAGCAUUCCUGAGGGAUCACUUCGAUCGUCUAGAAAAGGAGCAGGCUGCUAAAGAGAAGAGCAAGUCGGCCACCCCUCCCAGCGAUGAGAAGGACGAUGACGUGGCCAGCACCCCCCCACACAUGCACCCCGCCAUGAACAAACGGGUCAGGAGGGGCGCCGUGUCCGCCGAGGUGUACAGGGAGGAGGACGCCGCCCAGUAUGUCAAAAAGGUAGUACCAAAAGACUACAAAACCAUGGCCGCCCUUUCGAAAGCCAUUUCAAAAAACGUCCUGUUCUCACACCUGGACGAUAACGAAAGAAGUGAUAUUUUUGAUGCAAUGUUUCCUGUCCAUCGGCACGCGGGCGAAGUCAUUAUACAGCAAGGUGACGAGGGAGACAACUUUUACGUCAUUGACCAAGGCGAAGUUGACGUCUAUGUCAACGGUGUUCACGUGACCAGUAUCGGCGAGGGAGGAAGUUUUGGUGAGCUGGCGCUCAUCUACGGCACGCCCCGUGCCGCCACGGUCAAGGCGAAAAACGAUGUCAAACUGUGGGGUAUUGACAGAGACAGUUACAGGAGAAUUUUGAUGGGCAGCACCAUAAGAAAGAGGAAAAUCUACGAGGACUUCCUUAGCAAGGUCUCCAUCCUAGAAAACCUGGACAAGUGGGAACGUUUGACUGUGGCUGAUGCUCUGGAACCUGUCCAGUUUGAGGACAAGGAGGAGAUUGUCAGACAAGGGGAGCCAGGGGAGGAUUUCUUUAUCAUACUAGAGGGUUCAGCCGCUGUCCUGCAGCGAAGGUCAGAGAACGAAGAACCCGUGGAGGUCGGUCGUCUGGGACCCUCAGAUUAUUUUGGUGAAAUCGCGCUGCUGUUGGACCGCCCCAGGGCUGCAACUGUCGUGUCGCGGGGUCCCCUGAAAUGUGUCAAACUUGACCGCGCCAGGUUCGAGCGUGUGCUGGGGCCGUGCGGUGACAUCCUGAAGCGCAACAUCUCCCAGUACAACAGCUUCGUGUCGCUGUCAGUCUAAGGGAGGUCACGGUGACCUGUCAGUCUGAAAGGUCAUGGCGACCUGUCAACAGUCAGUCUGAAAGGUCAUGGUGAUCUGUCAGUCUGAAAGGUCAUGAUGACCUGUCAACUGUCAGUCUGAAGGUCACAGCAACCUGUCAGUCUGAAAAGGUCAUGAUGACCUGUCAGCUUUCAGUCUGAGAGGUCACAGUGACAUAUCAGUCUAUGGCAGGUCACUGGCUAGAACUUUGUCCUUGUCUCCCGUCAGCCAUUUUGAUGAACACAACAUAGCUCAACAAGAUGGCCGCUCAUGUCUCCAUCAUAGUAGAAUGCAAUCUUUUCAUUGUUAUGUUUUAAUGGUUUGCACGUCUGGUCCUUAAUUAAUGUUGAAUUUAUAAAUAAUUAAUUAUCAUGCAAGGUUGUUUUUGUAUUUUAUAAAGUUCUAUAGUUGUGUUAGUUGGCUGUGAAAAGUCUGAACUUACACAUGUAGAAAUUUUAAAAAAAGUUUCUUUUUUGAUUGUCAACUAACUGAAAUUAAUUUAAAAAAAUAUCUUAUUUAAUUUUAAAAUGCUAAUUUCCGUUUGUAAGAUGUUUCUAUAUUUGAAGUGUUGAAAUUAGUUGCUUCAUAUUUUCAGCUACUAAACAAAUGAGUUAAGUCCCUUUUUUUUAAAUCAUAAAAAAAAAGUUUAAAAAAAAAACAAGCUAAAAAUAGCUGACCUACUUAUCAUGAGUUGUUGUUUCUAGUGAUUGCUCUUGUGCCAUGGCAAUGACAUGAUGUGUGUAGAGAAUUUGUGCUGGGGUAUGGACCCAGGUUAGACCACCCAUUUUUAACCUCAUUGUUAUUCAUUUUACAGUACAGAUGAGAAUUGUAUGGGUUACUGCCCUUUGUUUCAUUUUUUUUUGUGUUAAUCUGACAUUUUAAGCAUGUUUUUUUUUUGUUACUGUUUUUUUUAAAGUCUGAUUAUGUAGAUUAAUGAACUGUGUAGAUUUAUAAAUUAUUUUGUUCAACAAUGUAUAAAAAUGCAUCAGGUGUCAUUUUAAAUUAUUUUGUGUGAUUUUUGUUUUACCCAGAAGCAAUAAUUCGUCGUACCACAGCUCGUAAACCAGAUGUGAUUGUCAGGUUUUGUCAGUCAGUUAUGAACAGGAAUUUAGUCAGGCUUUAUCUUAAAUAUGACUUUGUCAAUAUAUAUAUAUAUAUACAUAUAUAUUUAUGACUUUGUCAGGGUUUAUCAUAGCUUUGAACAAUUUGUUUUUGCCAAACAUUAAUUCCACCUGGAUACGAGUUAAGUUCCAAGCUUUGUACUGGUUAAUUUUUUAGUCAAAUCAACCACAAGAUAUUUUAAUUAAGAAAAAAAAAAUUCAGCUUUUAUGAAAUAAGAAAACAAAAAUGUAUCAAAUAUUAGUACAGUAUUUAAAGGAAAAAACUUUAGGUUAGCCGUUACAUGAUUGAUAGCCUACAUGGUGUGUGUAGAUGUUGAGUUUUCAUUACUGCAGGAAUGUGAUCAAUCUUCCAGGCUAUGUUCAUACUUAAACCAUUUGGUUUUGAGGUUAUCUCUUGUCCAUUUCAAGGUCUACACCUCAGUGCUACUAAAUGACUGUUUUUUUUUCCUUUUAAUUAAAUUAAACAAACAUGAAGUAAAGUUCCCCUUCCAAACCUGACGGUCUAUGGGGCAAGUGAAGUAGAGUUCACCUGUCUCUGUGACCAAACAUGAACAAACAUAUACCUAGGCUAUUUUCAAUAUUUUCCCCCGUUCACCCAUUACUAACUUUUAGAUAAUAAAAUUGUUUAACACCCUUUGCCCCAAUGUACCAUUAGAUGUCAUAGUUUCUCUAUGAUAAGAACCUACUCAGGUUUAGCUGAUGUGUACCCUCUUCUCUGUCGUCUCAAGUCCAAUUACUUAACAAUCAAGCAGAUCUCUAACAUUACUCAAUUGUAUUUGUCAUUAGCUCAACUCCUAAUUGCUCUAAUUAAUUAUUUCACCGAUCAUAUCUAUCUAGUCAUUUAUUUCCUCCUAUAAGAAUUUGAUUUCAAUUAAUUUGUGUUUUGUUUACUAUAUGAAUCAUCCACAUUUUACUAUCAAGGUUGUGUUUUAACCCUAUUUCACCAAAUAUUUAAAAAUAAUCAAAUUAAUCUCCAACUCUACUUUUCUUCCAAUUUAAGAACUAUUUCAAUUGUUUCCUAUGCCCAACAUGAGAAUUAGUUAAAUGUUAUUGUACUAAUAAAACUUAAAUAGUUUGUAACUAUUAAGUUACAAUAAAGUCCCACGUGGAAGAAAGAGGGUUAAAAUAAAAUGUAUAGAUGUCUGUACCAUUUAAAUAACAUCAUGACAUCAAAUUUCAGAUGGCACAUUUUUAAAAAUUAAAUACUAAAAAAUGACUGUGCAUGUAAAUAACAUUUUCCAAAAAUAUUUUUUUUAUAGCAUUACUAGCAAUUAUUUUUUUUGUGUGUGGUAAAUUUAGUGGUGUGAUUGUAAGUGGAAUUUAGUGGUGAUAACAUUUCUUGUAUUCUAACUGUUAGCUGUGUUCAUAGAUUCUGGCUAAUGUUAUCUUCUGAUGUCAUGUUCUGUGAUGGUCUAUUGUUAUCUCCCUUACAAUGUAAACUUUACACAGGAUAUUGCAAGAAAGAUAACCUAUGUGUAUUGCCAAGUCCUUGAUUAAGCAAAUAUUAUAGAGUAAAAAAACCAUUAUUUAUUAAGUUAGUUUAAAACUAUUUGUUGGAACUUAUAGUAGGAGUUUUAAAACUCAAAAAUUGAAUUUAUAAUUCCAAUAAGCACUAUUUGUUCUGUAAAAAAUAAUUCCAUUUUCAUUAAUUAUUAUUAAUUUAUACUUCCAAUCAGUGCUUAUUAUUCUGUAAAGUAAUAACAUAUUCAGAUCUUGAAAUAACCAGUUAUGGCAAGUUAUGUACCGAAUGUGACAAAAUCUUCUGAUACUGAUUGUGGUUAAUAUUUUUGUGCUAAAGCUUGUUCUUACAAUCAAACAUGUCUUGAUCUGUUUGAUUAAUUUCUUUCUGGAUGAGCCAAUAAAUGUACCCUACCGAGUGUAUGUUUAAAAAAAAUGGGUUAAUUCAGACAAAAAAAAUAUUGGAAUCUAGUACUUUUUAGAAGAAAAAAAAAGUUUUAAGCACAUUUUUAUUUGAUUUGUACAGGUGAUUUAAAGGUGGUAAUUUCCAGGUUCUUUAAGGUAAAGUGGAAAUACUUGAGUGCUAGUGGUAUUUUUAAGGUAAUAGUGAUGUACUCAUGAAGUAAGAGAGAGGUACCGCUGAGGUAUUUGUCUAUUUUUGUAACUGUUGACUAUGAAGAUUUUUAAAUGUUCACAAUGACUGAUAAUUCUGUUAAGAUGUAGUUCAGAUCUAUUGGUUUUUUUUUUUAUUUGUCCAACUCUAUGCUAAUUAAGUUGUGAUAAAUGGAGGUCUAUGCCUGUAAUUAACUUGUUUUAAAACAAAAAAAUUGUCAAGGUAACUACUUUAAACAUUUAUUUUUUAAUUAUUUUUGUGUAGCCAUUACACACAGGAUUGUCUAUUAACAACAUGGUCAGAAGUCCAAAUAUGAAUUAUUUUAUUUUGGUUGUUUUGUCCCCCGACUAAUUAAAGGUUUCUGGAAAAUUUCUGUUCCCAUUAAGUUGAAAUUAAUAAUAAAAAAAAAAUCAGAGGCAGUUGUCUUCUCCUGCUGCCAGUAUUGUCAGUGUUGCUUCCCUUUGUUAGUUGGGCUAAGGGUGUGUGUAGAAUUUGUUUAGAAAUACCCUGUGAUUUUGGUUGUCUUUCAAGAAAAUUAGGGGGUAAAAAAAAAUAUUUCUGUUCUGGAUAUCACAGACUAUGUGUUGGGGUAGGUUGUUC